AUGACGAGAUCGGGCGGAGCCAGGAGUCCCUCGGCUCUCCCGUCGUCCUCUAGGGUUUCUGGGGCGGCGGCGCCACCGCGGAGCGGCAGGCCUCUCCUCCGCCGCCGCCUCCGGAACCCGGCAUUCGCCGGGAGGAGGCUCGGCGGCGGAGGGGCCGUCGAUGGUGGCGCCGCCGGGGGGAGGCGGAGCGGCCCCACCACUCCCUUCGUCAGGUGGAAGUACAACGAUGCCGAUCUGUCCGGCAAGGUGCCGGCGCGGUCGGAGGUCGCCGGCGUGAAGGUCAGGAGGAAAAGCAAGGUUAGCGCCGCCACUGCUACCGUAGCCGCUGCCGCCGCUGCCGCUUCCAGUGGCGUCCUAUCGGGGACAGUCUCUGCGAGGAAGUUGGCCGCCGGGAUCUGGCAGUUGCAGCUCCCGGAGUUCUCCGCGCCGGUGAACUGCAGCACCUCCGCGACGGUGAGAUCCUCCGGCCGACUCCUCCUUCCUCCAUCACUUCCUCGCCCCCGAUCUCCAAAUCUCCAGAAGUUCCUUUCCCCCAUUGGAUGCCCCCGUUCAUCCUUUCUAGGGUUUCCUGAGCUUCCCGAGCUUAGGGUUUCUGUAAUGCCGUCGAUCUCGUUCCGCGCCUGA